AUGAGCCCAGGAAUCAUGACGACCACGGAGGUUUAUCUGCUGCAGCUCAACGACGACGGCUCGCCCCAGGUCGCGGGAGAGUACAUCUACCUCGAUCCAACGGGUGAUGACCCCAUCACCAUCAGAUUUGCCAUUGAGGGCACCUCGUCCAUCUGUCGCAAUGGCAGUCUUUGGGUCAACAUCCCGCAGCAGGGGGCCGAGUUUAGGCGGGACAAGUUUCGAGAGUACAAACUGACUCCCGACUUCAACCGCACCCUCGAAAUCUCCAUUCCCAUCUACAAGUCUGGCGUCUUCGCCUUCUACACCACCUAUGCCGAGCUGCCCAAACUCGAUGCCGACGACGUUCCCAAGUCCACCAACGGCCACGAGGAUCUGAAGAAGACUCCGGUAUACUACAUUGAUGUUGCUCCCCGCCUCAAGCUGGAUGGCCGGCCAUUGCCGCUGCCGGCGUUGUCGCUCUUCUCCAUCAUCAGCAAGCUCAUGGGCCGCUUCCCCGGCGAUUGGGAGCGACACCUGCGGGGCAUCAGCGAGAGGGGCUACAACAUGAUACACUUUACUCCUCUGCAGGUCCGUGGUGCCUCCAACUCGCCGUACAGUCUGUAUGACCAGUUGGGCUGGGAUCCGGCCUGUUUCCCCAAGGGCGAGAAGGACAUUGAGCAGCUGGUCGAGAGUCUCGAGCAGAAAUACUCGUUGCUGAGCUUGACAGACAUUGUCCUCAACCAUACCGCACACAACACAAAAUGGCUAGAGGAGCAUCCCGAGGCUGGUUACAAUUUGAAAACAGCUCCCUGGCUGGAGUCCGCGUAUGAGCUCGAUACAAAGCUGAUGGAGCUUAGCGGCCAGCUUGAGAAGCUGGGACUGCCCGUCGAUAUCAAGACUACAGAAGAUCUCCUGGAGCUCAUGGAAGGAAUCAAAAAGCACGUCAUCCUUGAGCUUCAGUUAUGGGAAUACUACGCCAUUAAUGUCGAGCGAGACGCUGACAACAUUGUCGAGGCUUGGGUUGGUGGCAAGGCCAAUCCGCCCCAAGUCGGCACUGCUACGUUAAGCGAUUUCGAGCAUCUCAAGACAGCAGAGCUCAAGGAUCAAGUGGAGUUUAUCAAAAAGUUUGCUCUCCAGGGAACAGAUCGUCUAGGAGAGCGAUUUCGCAGACGCGUCGAGCCCACUGUUGCCGCUACCUUGCUGUCAUUUUCUCUUGGUCGAUACGAGGGAGAAAACACACAGUCUGCCGACAAGGCGGCCGGUAAGGCCAAGUUGAUCGAGGUCCUGGAUGCCAUAAACGUUGCGUUCUAUGAAGAAUACGACAAGGAUCUUAACCAGAUUCUAGAACAACUCUUCAACCGCAUCAAGUAUGUUCGCCUUGAUGAUCAUGGGCCUAAGCUGGGUCCGAUUAAUGAGGCCAACCCUAUUAUUGAGACAUACUUUUCCCGACUGCCAGUCAAUGAGACAACAAAGAAGCUCACCCCUGGAGAGAGAGCACUGGCUAACAAUGGCUGGGUAUGGGGCGGUAACGCAUUGGUGGAUAAUGCCGGGCCCGACUCUCGUGUGUACCUGAAGCGAGAAGUUAUUGUCUGGGGAGACUGUGUCAAGUUGCGAUACGGAUCUGGCCCGGAGGACAGCCCGUGGCUAUGGGAGCAUAUGACAAAGUAUGCCCAGAUGCUGGCCAAGUAUUUUGCAGGAUUCCGCAUCGACAACUGCCACUCCACUCCAAUCCAUGUCGCAGAGCACAUCUUGGACGAGGCCAGAAGGGUUAACCCUAACCUCUAUGUUGUUGCCGAGCUCUUCACCGGGUCUGAAGAAAUGGAUUAUGUCUUUGUGAAGCGGCUCGGCAUCAGCUCGCUUAUCCGUGAAGCCAUGCAAGCAUGGAGCACAGGAGAGCUGAGCAGACUUGUUCACAGGCACGGCGGCCGUCCUAUCGGUAGCUUUGAGGUUGACGACAUCUCCAAGUCAGAUGUCAGUACACCAUCGAGCUCAAAGGCCCCGGAUCUUACAAGGGAGAUUAUUCGGAGGAUACGACCAUCGCCUGUCCACGCCUUGUUCAUGGACUGCACCCAUGACAACGAGCCACCUGCCCAGAAGCGUGACGCGCGAGACACACUGCCCAAUGCCGCUCUUGUCAACAUGUGCUCCAGUGCCACGGGAAGUGUCAUGGGAUACGAUGAAAUAUACCCCAGAUUGGUUGAUCUCGUCAAUGAGAAGCGUUUGUACACAUCUGAAGCCUCAAGGACCUCGUCGAUCAAGGUCGGAAGGGGCAAGGGCGGCAUUGCUAGCAUCAAAAAGCUAUUGAACCAGAUUCAUACCAUCAUGGGCAAAGAUGGCUACAACGAGACUCACAUCCAUCAUGAGGGAGAAUACAUCACCGUGCACAGAGUGCAUCCCGAAUCUAGAAAGGGUUACUUCCUCAUUGCUCACACUGCGUUCCCUGGAUAUGGCAACGGAAGAGGAGAAUUCAAACCCGUGGUUCUGACGGGAACCCGAGCCAACCACCUGGGCAGCUGGAUGCUCGAGGUCGACGACAGAGACGAAACUGUCAAGGCUGUGCAGGACGAUACCAAGUUUCUUCGAGGUAUCCCCAGCCAGGUAGUAGAUGUACCUGGAAUCAAGAUGGAAUACCAUGACCAAGACACAAUCAUCUCCGUUCGGGACAAGUUCCCGCCCGGCAGCAUUGCUCUUUUCGAUACCUGGAUCCCCACUGCAGAGCACUCUACGGGCUUGGAUAACUACGUCACCUCAAGUGCCAAGGCAGCUUGGGCCAACCUGAACCUCAUUGACCUCAACUUUUUGCUCUACCGGUGCGAGGCAGAAGAGAGAGACGCCAGCGAUGGCCAGGACGGGGUAUAUGAUAUUCCCGGCCAUGGAAAGCUCGUCUAUGCUGGACUGCAAGGAUGGUGGAGUAUCCUCGAAGGGGUGAUCAACGACAACAACCUUGGACAUCCAAUUUGUCAAAACCUGCGAGACGGCCCCUGGGCACUGGACUACAUUGUGGGCCGCAUUCAAAAGCAAAGCCAUGCGCCAGGCAGUGAAGGUCUUUCUGGGCCGGCGGCGUGGCUUCGAGAGCGGUUUGAGGCCAUCAGGGCCAUUCCUAGCUUCCUGCUGCCAAGGUACUUUGCCCUCGCCAUUCGCACGGCGUACCGAGCAAGCGUUGAUCGUGCUUAUGAACUUAUGAAUGAACACGUUGCCAAAGGCCAGUGGUUCCUUGGAAGUCUUGCCAUGGUCAGUGUGCAGCAAACUGGGCUAGUGAAAUCGGCCUCUCUUUGGCCAGACAAGCAGGUACCGUCUAUUGCUGCUGGCCUGCCGCAUUUCGCAGUGCAGUGGGCUAGAUGUUGGGGCCGGGACGUCUUCAUCUCUAUCCGUGGACUCUAUCUCGGCACCAGUCGUUUUGCAGAGGCAAGGGAGCACAUUCUUGCCUUUGCCAGCGUUCUCAAACACGGUAUGAUUCCCAAUCUCUUGAGCAGCGGCGCUGCACCGCGAUACAACUCGCGAGAUUCGGUGUGGUUUUUCCUCCAGACGAUCCAGGAUUAUACCCGAUUUGCACCAGAAGGGCUUGAUCUCCUCAAGACAAAAGUCCGGCGUCGUUUCCUCCCGUAUGAUGACACUUGGUUCCCGGUGGAUGACAAGCGAACAUACUCUACUGAGAGCACAAUCGAGGAAAUCAUACAAGAGGCUCUCCAGAGACAUGCUUCGGGAAUGAAGUAUCGCGAGGCAAAUGCUGGACCCCAAAUCGACUCUCAGAUGAAGGAUGAAGGCUUCAACCAAGAGAUCAAGGUCGACUGGAAUAAUGGAAUCAUCUUUGGCGGCAACCAGUUUAACUGUGGUACUUGGAUGGACAAGAUGGGAGAGAGUGACAAGGCCGGAUCAAAGGGCGUCCCCGGAACUCCGCGCGACGGUGCCGCCAUCGAAAUCACUGGUCUGCUCUACAGCACGCUCAGAUGGGUAGAACAACUCCACAAGCAAGGAAAGUUUGCCCAGUCCGGCGUCAAGACUGCAGAAGACAAGGUCGUCUCAUGGACGGAGUGGGCUGAUCUCAUCAAGGCCAACUUUGAGAAAUGCUACUACGUACCGCUCUCAGCUGAGGAAGAUGCAAAAUACGACGUUAACCCCAGCGUUGUCGCUCGCCGGGGCAUGUACAAGGAUCUGUACAAGUCUGGAAAGGAGUACGAAGACUACCAGCUGCGACCAAACUUUGCGAUCGCCAUGACGGUAGCGACAGAUCUGUUCGACCCUAAGCAUGCCUGGCAAGCUCUAUGUCUUGCAGAUUCGACGAUCCGCGGGCCCACUGGCAUGGCGACUCUGGACCCUGCAGACAAGGAUUACCGCCCGUACUACCGCAACAGCGAGGACAGCCACGACUUUGCGACAAGCAAAGGUCGAAACUACCACCAGGGCCCCGAGUGGCUGUGGCCGACGGGCUUCUUCCUCCGCGCGCUGCUGAAGUUUGACCUUCAGCGGAGAACGACGGCGGAGGGCAGGAUUGAAGCAUUCCAGCAGGUGACUAGGAGGCUGGCUGAGUGCAAGCGAGCUAUUAAAGAGAGUCCGUGGGCGGGAUUGACGGAGCUUACCCAGAAGAAUGGAGAGUUUUGCGGCGAUUCUAGCCCGACGCAGGCAUGGUCUGCAGGCUGCCUCAUUGAUCUGUACAUGGACGCCAUGGAGGAGCAGGAGAGUUUGAAGCAAUGA